CUCCUGCCCAGCCUCCCCAAGCGGGCGGUGGAAUUGGUCGGGCCCCUGGGCACGCCAUGCGCAGCACCACACUACUGGCACUGCUGGCGCUGGUCCUGCUCUACUUGGUGUCCGGUGCCCUGGUGUUCCAGGCCCUGGAGCAGCCCCAUGAGCAGCAGGCCCAGAGGCAGCUGGGGGCAGUCCGAGAGCAGUUCCUGAGGGCCCACCCAUGUGUGAGCGACCAGGAUCUGGGGCUCUUCAUCAAGGAGGUGGCUGAUGCCCUGGGAGGGGGUGCAAACCCUGACAUCAACUCAACCAGUCACAGCAACUACUCAGCCUGGGACCUGGGCAGCGCCUUCUUUUUCUCAGGCACUAUCAUCACCACCAUCGGCUAUGGCAAUGCAGCCCUACGCACAAAUGCUGGACGCCUCUUCUGCAUCUUUUAUGCACUGGUGGGGAUCCCGCUGUUCGGGAUCCUGCUGGCAGGGGUCGGGGACCGGCUGGGCUCCUCCCUGCGCCGUGGCAUCGGUCACAUCGAAGCCAUCUUCCUGAAGUGGCAUGUGCCCAAGGAGCUGGUGCGGAUUUUGUCGGCAGUGCUCUUCCUGCUGUUCGGCUGCCUGCUCUUUGUUCUCACCCCCACAUUUGUGUUCUGCUAUGUGGAGGGCUGGAGCAAGCUCGAAGCCAUCUACUUCGUCGUAGUGACCCUCACCACGGUGGGCUUCGGGGACUAUGUGGCCGGUGCCAACCCCAACCAGACCUUUGCAGCCUAUCAGCCGCUGGUAUGGUUCUGGAUCCUGUUCGGCCUGGCCUACUUUGCUUCAGUGCUCACCACCAUCGGGAACUGGCUGCGAGUAGUGUCCCGCCGCACUCGGGCAGAGGUAGGCCCCCCUGGGCUGGCGCCAGGCCUGUGCCACCGUGACACUGAGGCGCUGUACCCUACCGGUUGCUUGGAGCCCGCCUCCCUUCCAGAGUGUGGGUCCUCCAGGCAGGGACUGAAUGAACCCCAAUAUGCACCAGCCAGGUACGGGGAUAAAUUCAGAUUUGCGGGAGACUCCAUCUCUGUUCUUAUGGAUAGGGUUGCCAGAUUUACCAAAUAA